GUUUGCUUCAAGUGAUUUGGAGAAAUAAUGAAAAUAUGCCAAUUUUUUUUAGAAAAUCUAAUGAUGAUCAUUGCCCUCAUUGAUAAAACGUGAGAAUAAAACUCCACGAAAUGACCAUCAACGAGUUAACAGAGCAGGAUGCAGCCCAAAGGGAAAUUCUUGGGGACUCGGAAGAAACUGAAAGAUCCCUGCUAACCUCUUUUAUAGAAGAGCUUCAGGAAAAAACUAAGUCCAAAAGAGAAUUGAGAGCUGCUAAUCAGAAUGCAGUAAACCAUCGUCCUAGUGAUGCUCAUUUCAGCAAGCUGGACUCGAGUUUGAAGAAAAAUACUGCAUUUGUUAAGAAGAUCAAGAACUUUUCGUCCAUCCAUGUAGAUGCUUAUUUGAAAGACAUGUCUGGCUUGAAUUUAUCUAAAUAUAUAUCGGAAAUAUCAGCAGGUAUAGUUGAGUCAAAGCUGAAGAUGAAUGAUGUCCCAGCUGCUGUUAGAUUAUGUAGUGUUUUACAUCAGACAUAUGCAGAAUUUUCCCAACACUUGUUUGAGAACUGGCAAAAAGCACUGGCUGUCAAAGUAGGAGACAAAAUUUCUAAUCCAAGCAAACUGAGAGUUGAUCUAAGAUUCUAUGCUGACCUUUUACAAGCUGGAAUAUUCUCAAACAAGAAUGCACUGUCUUUAUUGGGAUCAGUUUUAACUACAUUGAUUAACAUGGAUAAGGAAGAUCACUUUAACAUUGCUAUAAUAUUAAGUUUUUGUAAACACUGUGGUGAUGAAUAUGCAGGAUUAAUACCAAGGAGAAUGAGAGAACUAUCUGCAAAGUAUGUAAUUGAAAUCCCUCAAAGCUCAUUUUUAACUCCUGAAAAGAAGCAGAAUGUCAGGAGCCUCUUGAAAGACUACUUUGUCACUUUGAGUAAACAUUUAGUGAAAGAUCAUAUUGAAAUGCAAAAUUUUGAGAAACAGAAUGUCAGAAUACUUCAAACAAAAGGGGAGCUGAGCCAAGAAAGAAAAGAAAAACUAGAAAACCUCCAGGCAGCUUAUGAAAAGCUUCUUGCUAAUGCAUACAGCUUUUCAGAAAUAUUAGAUGAAGAUAUGCCCACUUUGAGAGCACAAUCUUUACCUAAAAAUGAUGAGAGUAUGAUAGUGACAGGUUCAGGGACAGGUAUGGAAGAUGGUACUAGCAAUGUUGAGAAUAUAUGGUGUGACAUUGAGACACAAAAGUUUUAUUGUGACCUUCCUGAGCUAACUGUCUUCUUACCAACAGCCUUUUUGAACAAAAGACAUACCCCACCACCAGCAGAAACUGUUACUGAAGAAGUUCUUGAUUCAGAAUUACCUGUUGAAGAUUUGGAGGAAGAGAGCAGAACAGAAGAAACCCUAGUCGUGGAAGACGAACCCGAAGACCCCACAUCCACAAACGCCAGCAACAAAAUAGUCCUAGAAGCCUUCCUCAACAAUCUACCGAACUGCGUCAACAGAGAAAUGAUAGAUAACGCAGCCAUCGACUUUCUAGUUACUUUAAACAACAAACACAACCGCAAAAAGCUAGUCAGGAACUUGUUCGGAGUCAACAGAACUCGGCUGGACUUGCUUCCUUUCUACGCUCGUUUCGUAGCCAUCUUGCAACCCGCUCUACCGGAAGUAGGCAACGAUCUGAGUCAAAUGCUCCGGCAGGACUUCAAGUACCACGUCCGGAAAAAGGACCAGAUCAACAUCGAGUCCAAGAUAAAGGUUGUCAGGUUUGUGGGGGAGCUGGUUAAGUUCAAGUUGUACUCGAAAAUCGAGGCCUUGUACUGUCUGAAAGUACUUCUACACGAUUUCUCCCACCACCAUAUCGAGAUGGCUUGCAAUCUGUUGGAAGUGUGCGGAAGAUUCUUAUACUGCAGCCCGGAUUCGCACCAAAGGACUAAAGUCUACUUGGAGCAGAUGAUGAGAAAAAAGGCCGUUAUGGCUCUGGAUUCGAGAUAUGUGACGCAAAUUGAGAAUGCUUACUAUUACGUGAAUCCGCCUGAAACGGUGACUAUUACGAAGAAGGAGAGGCCGGUGAUGCAUCAGUUUAUAAGGAAGCUGUUGUAUCAGGAUUUGCAGAAGAAUAAUACGGAUAAGAUUAUGCGGUUGGUGAGGAAGCUGGAUUGGACCAAUCAGGGUGUAGCUUCCUAUACUGUCAAGUGUUUGACUGGGGCACACAAUCUGAAGUACUUCAAUAUAAGGUGUUUGGCCAAUCUCCUGGCCGGUCUGGUAGCUUACCAGGAAGAAGUUGGUACCAAAGUGGUGGACGGCGUUCUAGAAGGCAUCCGCCUCGGCAUGGAAGUCAACCUGCCCAAGUACAAUCAGCGGCGCAUUGCGCAAGUCAAGUACUUGGGGGAGUUGUACAACUAUCGGAUGGUGGAGAGUUCGGACGUGUUCAAAGUGUUGUACUCGUUGAUAUCGUUCGGGGUGUCCAUGGACCCCUGCGACAUAUCUCCAUUGGACCCUCCCCAUCAGUUGUUCCGGAUACGGUUGGCUUGCGUUUUAUUGGAAACUUGCGGAACUUACUUCAGUAGCGGUAGCAGCAAAAAGAAACUCGACUACUACCUGAUAUUCCUGCAAGCCUACUACUGGUUCAAAAAGAAAAUGUGGAAAGAAGCUUUCCCGCCCAUGAUGGAACACCUCUUCAAGGAAACCCUGCUGACCCUAAGGCCCAAACUGAAAUUAUGUAAAAGUUACGAGGACGCGGUGGAUGAGGUGGACAAUAUUCGCAAGGCUCUGGGUGUGGAAAAACUUUUGGAGGUCGAUCAUAAAAUAUCGGAGGAGGACGGUUUGGACACCAUAGCGGAGACGGAUAAUGAGGACGGUUUGGAUGACGAAACGUCCGAGGCGGUGACAGGACCUGUUACUGAUGAUACCGCCACCGAGGAUGAAACUAUGGACCAUACACAAGGAUCCGAUGACGAAGGUGAACCUAUGACUAGUGAGGCUGAACAAGAGGCCGUUUCUGAGUCUUUGGCGAUUCCGAAAGGUCCGAAAAAAGUCGAUUGUCCUGAGGACGACGAUUUCUUGAACGCCUUAGAUAAAAUGGUAUCGGAAAAUAUACAGGAGCGGAUGAAAGAACCCGUCAAAGCCGGUAACAUCGACAUUUCUGUACCUGUCGUUCUGAAAAAUAAUAUCAAGAAAACUUAUGAACAGCUUCAAGAAUCAAUCGACGAGGAGCAAAGCAAAAAAAGCAAAAUAGGUUUUGUUCUGAUGGUGCGCAAGGGGAACAAACAACAAUACAAGCAAUUCGAAGCGAACGUGGAUUCUGAGCUAGCGCAGAAUCUGAGAGAUCAGGAACAAGCUCAGAAGGAGGAAAAGGAGAAGGUCAAAAGACUGACGCUGAACAUCACGGAAAGGUUCGAGGAGGAGGACUACCAGGAGAUGAUCCAGCAGCAAAACAGGCCGGCGACGCAGAAUUUGAACAGGGAGCGCAAGAAAUACCAGCACCCCAAGGGGGCCCCCGACGCCGAUCUUAUUUUCGGCCCGAAAAAGGUCCGGUAAUGGGAUAAAGAGAAAGUGGAAUUGGUGUUCACGAAGAAAAACGAGUUCGACUGGAAAAGAGGUCUUGACGAGAUAAGUCUCCGUUGGUGAAGACGAAAACUGGAAGGAGUUUCAUGAAUUUACAGUCUUGGAAGUUUGGUUUGUUUGAAUAUUUUCUAGCAGUGUUAUUAAACGAUGUAUGAAUAAAGAAUACAGCCAGUGUUA